GUUCGCGGCGUCAAGAUGGCGGCCGUGUUUGUGCUGCUCCGCUUUGGCGCCAAAGCGGCUUGCGGCGCCCGUUCGGUCGCGAUUUGUCGGCGAUCCGUCGACGUUUUAGCGCCUUUCACGAGCGCGGGGUGUGCGCGGCGCGCGGCGCCCGUGUCGCCGGCGAUCGCGCGCCCGAGCCGCGGUGUGGUUUUGUUGUUUUAUUUGUGUUGUCUGUGUGUGUGUGGAUAAGCGCUGAGGCGGCUGGGGCCUUGCGGGCCGCGCUUUUUUUUAUCACCACCGCCAACGAGUAAAAUAAAUAAUUAAACGCGACUUGCUUUUUUUUAUUUAUGCAGGAUCGCCGCGGAAUUUUUUUUGUAUUUGCUUGUUCGAACAAUUGCGCAAUUCAAAUUGGUGUCGUUUUAUUGUUUAUAUUCAGCAUUCGGCGCGCCGUUUUUGCAAGUAUUGCGGUGCUGUUUUACUCUUGGGCGAUUUUUUUUGAUGCGGGGUGGUGAUGGUUGUCAUUGUUUGAAUUGCUGAGCGGGAGGUGCUGUGUUGACAGCAGACGGCCCUUGCUCUUUCUCAGCAUACAGUGUCUUAUUUUUUUCCUCGUUAUUUUAAGUAGCGGGGUGAGUGGUACUACUUUUGUCUCACUCCGCUCCCCCCCCCCCAUCUUUCCGGUCCUUCGAACCCGGCUUCUCCAGAGCCGCUUCACCGCCACACCCCCCGCCGCCCCCCGUUCUGCGCGGUCGUUGACGUCUCCCUCCGCCACUCAGCGGCGGUAAUAACAUGGCGCCGGUCAGUGGAGGCGCUUGUGUUGAUUUUGCCCUGCGCCUCCAUUGCCUCAGGGCAGCUCCCGCGUUGCCGCCUUCGCUACCCUAGCGGCGUCGGUUCUGUCGGGCAAUGAGGUGGCACACAGGGGAACGGUACUCCGAUCCUGCUCCAGCUAGAUAUUUUGUUGCCCCUGUGUGGGUGGAACCAGAGGUGUCAAGUCAAUAAACCGACGCUUCUCGGCUGACACCUUGUGUUUUUGUGUUGUACACGAAGGACUUUUUUUAAAAUAUAUAUUUGUUUAAUUGCGGUGGCUUAAACUGAAACUUUGCAUAAAUUAAGUUGCCUGCUUUAAGCGGGUCACGAUUUGCAAUUUUUUUUUAGAAAUAUAUCUCAGAAAUAGAGGCCAAGUCAAGAGAGACCUGGGUUGUAACAACGUCAUCCAACCAUUGGGUGAAAGACAAUAAAGAUGCAAUGAUAACAAAUGGCAUGCUCGUUCAUUCAGUCAAAACAAUCUACUGUAGUACAGCAGUGAACAUGUGAAACAAAAUCACGAAAUUUGAGUAAUCGGUUUCACUAAUUUUUCCUCAUGAGAGGAAUGGUACUGGCUCUGGGUAGUUUAAUCUAGGAACUCGCAACAUUGAGGUGGGUUUAAUUUACAAUGUUUUGGGAAAUCUAAUAUUUAGCCUGGUUUUACACGAUCGAUGGUGGAUAGUUUUUCACAAUCGUCUACUGUGGCUUCAAACAAAGGGCACAUUUUCUUUAUUUUAUUGUUUUAAUAAAGGUUCUCAUUGUGUGUAAAUGUGGUCAAGUUAUAAUGGGAUAAUCCUCUGGGAGGUGUAAGUGUACCAACUCUUUAAUACGAAUCCUUUGUGAGCCGUUUUUUAUUCGAAUAGACUUUUGGAAUUAAACUCAAUCCUUUGGUUUUAACUGAAGUCCACAAGCAUGUGUGCUUGCGGAGUACACAGUACUGUCUGCACGCGUUGGUUUCCAGCUACUGUAGCUUGCAGUUAAAUGAGUGGCGAUUAUUCGGUUACAAAACACCUUGACACCAAUGUAAAUAUUUAUUUAUCAUUAUUUUUUAGAAUACAUGAACUUAGGUCGUGGUUAAUGGGAUAAAAAAUAAAGUGUUACUCUUGUUUCGCACCAUACUUGGCCUAAUGGCGCGAUUGUGGCUACUUUCAAGUGAAAACCUUGGAUGAAUGUAAUAAAAUGACGUAAAUUUGCCCUGGUUUAGAAUUUCUUUAUUUUGUAUGCGUAUUAUUUUUCAUACUGUACAAAGUCUAGUACCGUAUAUUUUGCAAACAGUUCUAUAUUUUAAUCGUGUUUAUGGCAAUUGGAACGCAUUGCGCAUUAUUUUGCUGCCUUUGUUUCACGUGACAGCCUCCAUUCACUUGACACAAAAAAUAAAAGAAACAAAGCAUUGACGUUGUACAAAUAUUACUAAUUAUUAAAAAAAAUGACAACUGAAUCCCAUAGAGGUCGCACAGCUUUCUAGGAGGGAGGGAGCGUGUGCAAUGAAGAUGGGUGGGUCGGGAUGCCCAAUUAGGCUGCUCGGCUUUGUUUUGUCAGCCUUUCCAAUAUUUACGCUUAUUGUCCAUUGAAUGAUUCCCACCGUAUGCGUAAGCAGUGCCUUCUGUUUGUUAAUUACGAAUUCACCUUGGUGUGUAAGCGAUCCUGUUGAAUGUUUUGGUCCUAAGUGGAGAACAUUUGACUCCUGGAUCAUUUCUGGGAAAUCCUGUCCACUUUUUGUUGCGCCGAAAGGCUUGUGUGACACACAUGCAUGAAAAGUCACAACAAUGUAUUCAAUUAGUUUCCCCAUAGCAAUAAUAGCCACUUAACAUCCUUUGCAGGCUCGUUUAAUUUGAUUCGUGAACGAUUUGAUGAAUGUGCUAACAAAAAAAAUGGCACGACGAUUACUAAAAAGGAUAAUAUAACGUCCGAUUACGAAAUACUGGCACAGAAAAGGUUUUGCAAAGCACCCUUAAAAUGCCUACCGUUUCCUAAUGAGGCAUGAUAUUGCGCAUAUUCCCGUGUGAUAUGCACCACAAUGAGCUGACUCAAAUGUUUUUUGACCCCUAUUUUUUUUGUACGACUUACGUUCCGUGGUAUUUCACUAUUACGCAAUUAACAGUAUCCAUGCUAGACCUGUGGUCGCUAUUGGAAGAUGCCCCACCACCCUCCACAGCUGUGCUUUUACACUCUAAAAAUAAUAAUGUUCUACUAUAAUAAUAGCUUCAUUCAUGAAAUUAUGCAUUUCAAAACGGUGCUAAUCGCGAAUUACAGUCGCAUGAAGACACAAAGUCGAAAGAGAUCAAGGGUACGGAGGUGAAACAACACAAACCAGGUCCGGCGACAGUAAACACCAACAAACCAAUGGUUCAUCCCAGCAGUGCGUGGCGAGAUCCCACCGGGCUGCGCAGCGUACGGCUUCGUGUGCGAUGGCACACGGCUGCUUGUGUUCGGCGGCAUGGUGGAGUACGGGAAGUACAGCAACGACCUGUACGAGCUGCAGGCGAGCCGCUGGGAAUGGAAGCGCCUAAAACCGAAACCCCCGAAGCACGGGCCGCCCCCGUGUCCCCGACUGGGCCACAGCUUCUCGCUCAUCGGCAACAAGUGUUAUCUUUUUGGGGGUCUUGCCAACGAUAGCGAGGACCCCAAGAACAACAUUCCCAGGUAUCUGAACGACUUGUACGUGCUGGAGCUGAAGCCGGGCUCGGGGGUGAUGGGCUGGGACAUCCCCGUGACACAGGGUGCCCCGCCGCCCCCUCGCGAGUCCCACACGGCCGUCGUCUACCCCCAGCCCCCUGAGGCCUCCCCUGGAACCCCGACACAACCGGCACUCACCCAGCCGCUGGGACGUCGGCCCAUGCUCGUCAUCUACGGAGGCAUGAGCGGGUGCCGCCUCGGAGAUCUGUGGACGCUCGAUGUUGACACAAUGACCUGGAGCCAGCCAAUGAUGUCGGGCAUUGCUCCUCUCCCUCGCAGUCUUCACUCUGCCACAGUCAUCGGACCCAAAAUGUUCGUGUUUGGAGGAUGGGUGCCCCUUGUAUUGGAAGACGCAAAAGUAGCGACACAUGAGAAGGAAUGGAAAUGCACCAGCAACCUUGCCUGCUUAAAUCUGGAAACGAUGACCUGGCAGUCAGUGCCGACUGACACGUCUGAGGAUAACAACCCGCGCCCGCGCGCUGGCCACUGUGCCGUGUCCAUCAACUCACGCCUGUUUGUCUGGAGCGGCCGAGAUGGCUACCGCAAGGCCUGGAACAACCAGGUGUGCUGCAAGGACCUGUGGUACCUCGAGACAGAGAGGCCGCCGGCGCCGGGUCGUGUGCAGCUGGUGCGCGCCAGCACGGACUCGCUGGAGGUGAGCUGGGGCGCCGUCAGCACGGCUGACGCGUACCUCCUGCAGCUGCAGAAGUAUGACAUCCCCCCGCCAGCCGGCGCCACCCCAGUGCAGGCCCCUGCAGGCGUCAGCGCCAUGGACCAAGCCUCUGCAGCUACCGCUGCCGCUGCCGCCGCCAUGGCCGGCGACAAAAGCCCCUCGCACGCUGCCACGGCGCCACUUAUGGCUGCUGGCAUCCCCGCUAGCCCCAUGCCACAGAUGGCUACGACCGGAGGCAUCCGUCUGUUGGGCGCAUCGGCGGCCGGAGGAAUGGGGGCAGCCAACGCUCAAGGAACGACCGUGGUGCGGGUGCAGACCACGCAGGGAGCCAGUGCAUCCUCUUCUCCGAUCUUCACCGUCACACGCAAGCCUACCACCCCGGGCAUCACCGUUUCCGCCCUACCCACGACCGUUUCUGGCACGCCACAGAUGAGUGGCAUGGCAGCGCUUGCUGCUGCGGCCGCCGCCACCCAAAAGAUCCCUGCAGGGGCCUCUUCGUUGGGGGCCACCACAACCACACUCGCAGCUGGAUCCACAGGCAUCCCAGGCACCAUUAAAGUUCCUCCUGGCACUGUUGUGCGUCAUUCCCUUCAGGUCAACGCUCCUGCGACCUCCAUGCUGAAGUCGGCCAUCGCCCAGGUGUCAUCACCCGGAACGGUGUCGGGGACCUCGGGCAGGCCCAUCAUCACCGUGCACAAGUCCGGCACCAUCUCGGUAAUGCCGCAGGCGCAGGUGGUCACCACCAUGAUCGGAGGCGUCACCAAGACCAUCACCCUCGUCAAGAGCCCCCUGUCUGUGGCUGGGGGCGGCACACUGCUCUCCAAUCUGGGCUCUCUGGUGACGCUGAUGCAGACUAAGCCUGUGCAGUCUGGGGUUGUCACUUCGCAGGCGAGCUCUCUCGCCCACUUCAUUCAGACCAAGGGCACCCUGCCUCCGGGCGCUACCAUCGUGAAGCUGGUGACAUCGGCGGAUGGCAAGCCUGCCACACUCAUCACCACCUCGCAGGCGGGUGGCAUGACUGGCACGGCACAGAUCCUCAACAUCGGUGCCAUGGCCGGCCACACGGGCACCGUCGUGGGCAAGCCCGGCGGUGCCACUAUCAUCAAGACCAUCCCAAUGUCGGCGCUCAUGAGCCAGGCUGGGGCUACAGGUGGAACUCAAACAGGUGGAAUGAAGUCCCCCAUCACCUACAUCACCACUAAGGUCAUGACCUCUGGAACCGGAGCUCCAGGAAAGAUUAUCACAGCCAUGCCCAAGCUAGGCAGCACCCAGUCCGGAGUCACACAGGUGCUGCUGCGUGGGACAGGCCCUGCCGGUACCAUCCUGCGCGCCGUCACUCCCAUGUCGGCCGCCACCAUGAUUGGAGGGGUGCGUCUGGUUUCCCCUGCAACCGUCACUGCAGGGAAGCCUGCCCUUACCACACUGGUCGUCAAGGGCACCACAGGCAUGACGACACUGGGCACAGUUACCGGUGCCCUCAGCACACAGACUGCGGCUGGUGUGACGUGCGUCCCCGUCCCGGCCGCGCUGGCGACGCCUGUCACGACGCUGGCCACCAUCGCCGCCCUCUCGUCUCAGGUGGCUGGCGUGGCGGGGCCGUCGGCGCCCAACGUAACCCUCACCCAUGUCACCAGCACCACGGCCGUGCCUGCCACAUCCAUCAACCAGCCGCCGAUGUUGGCACAGCAGCUUGUCAAGCCACAGACCGUGGCUGUGUCAGUUGUCCCGGUUGCCCAGCCCCCAGCAGAGGUGGUUGCACCACCCGAGUGCAAAAGCCCGCCGCACGAGACGUCGGAGACCAACACCACCAACACGUCAACCACAACCACAGCCAGCAUGGACCCCAACCAGGUUCAGCCUCCCCCUACCGGCGAGGGUGGUAUUCCGGAGAGCGUGCACGGGGAGACCGCCACAGCCGGCACCACCAACACGGCCACCAACACCGUGUCAGCCGCCCAGCCCCGCGCCGUCACCAACGUCACGCAGUCAACGCCCGCCCCGGGGCCCGCCAUCUCGAGCGUUGCAUCGUUACACCUGCAGACGAUCGCAUCCACUUCGGACCAAGCGGCUAGUUCAGAGACUGCAGCCACCACCUCCAACAGCGGUGGUGGUGGGGAGGCAGCAGUAGCAGCCACAGUUUCGGCGACAACAACAACAGCGACAGCAGCGACGGCAACGGUGACAGUAGCAGCAGCAGUCGCGACCCCAGUAGCACCAAAGGCAAGCGAGGCCGCCCCACAACCCGCACAGACGGUGAACACUGCCGUGAAUCCACCGGCAAGCAGUAAUGUGGCCCCGGUGCCAGCAACAGUAGCAGCAGUAGUAGUAGCUCCACCACAGCCCCCUUCAUCCUCGGCACCAUCAGCCCCUGCUGUUGCCGCCACCGCCAUUACCAUGACUGCAACCACUGCCACUGUGACCAUCAAGGUGGCCGUCCCGGCACCGCUCCCCACGACCGCCACAAUCCUGCCCCCGACAAUCGCGGUACCAGCGUCGGUCAGCACCCCCGCGUGCCUGUCCAGCGCCGAGACGGCAACCGCCGCCCUUCAGCCAGCGUCGCACGCAGGUUCGCUACUGCCCUCCAAGAUCGAACCUCUAGCACCAUCAGAUGCGCUGGCCCCAGCUGACAGCCUCAACGACCCCGCUCCGGAGUCGAACCACUUCCCAGUGCUUGCAGGCCUUGCUCCGUCCAGCACACUUCUCACCCCUCCGGUGCCCACCGUCGUGCCCACCGUGCCUGUUUUGCCCACCGUGCCCAUCCUACCCACCGUGCCCAUCUUACCCACCGUACCCAUCGUGUCCACUGUGCCCGCGAGCCCCGCCAAGCUGCAGGCGGCCACCGUGCUGGCCCAGGUGGCAAACAACGUCCCGCCAAGUCCUACUAUUGUCACUAUAGCGAAGCCGGAGGUGGUUGAGGCUGCGCCUAAACCGCUUGCCAAGAAGGAGUCUGCGCCCUGGUUUGACGUGGGCAUCUUCAAAGUGACCAACACCGUGGUGACUCGCUACCACCUGCCUCCUGACGACAGCAGCAUGGAGGACGGUGACGCGUCGAGUGGCAUCCUUGACCACAGCUCUCUCAAGCUGCAGUCACUGCAGCCCGGCACGGCCUACAAGUUCCGUGUGGCCGGCGUCAACGCCCUCGGCCGCGGUUCCUUCAGCGAGAUUUCCGCCUUCAAGACCUGCCUGCCGGGCUUCCCUGGGGCGCCCUCCGCUAUCAAAAUCAGCAAGACCCCCGAGGGAGCGCACCUGACGUGGGAGCCGCCGGCCCUGAAGUUCGGCCGCAUCCUCGAGUACGCUGUCUACCUGGCGGUGAAGCGGCCCAACCAGCCCCCCGCGCAAGCGGCCGGUGACGGCAAGACCGGCGCCCCGGCCGCCGCCGCCCAGCUGGCGUUUGCGCGCGUGUACUGCGGCGCCGAGCCGUCGUGCCUCGUGGCAAACGCCAGCCUGGCCGGCGCGCACCUCGACACGGGAGCCAAGCCCGCCAUCAUCUUCCGCAUCUCGGCGCGCAACCAGAAAGGCUACGGCCCCGCCACACAAGUGCGGUGGCUGCAAGAUGCUGGCAAAGAUGCCCCAGGAAGCAAGCCAAUGGCAAAGCGACCCAUCACAUCGCCAGAAACCAAAACCCCGAUGGGCUUGAAGAAACCCAAACAGGAAGCUGUGUAAUUGGGAACAGACUACCACAACGGAAACGGCGUCUUUUUUUCUCUCCGAAAGCAAAGCGGUGAUUGUAAAACCAGCGCCCUGGGUGUUGCGCCCCCGAAGAAAAGGGGAGGGUGGGGUGGGAGCGGGGGGAAAGGUUGUGGCGGUGGGGAGAAGCGAGUGGAGGUGAGGUGGUGGCAGCAGCAGCAGGCAAGCAUGGGGCAAGUGGUCGCGCGGGGGGGUCAAGUGCCCAGGCGAGCGAGAGAGGUCUUGUUUGGUCUCCCUUUGGCAGCGAAGGUGGCGUCUGUGCGGCGGUGUCACGUCCGUAUGGUGCCAUCGCGAUUGGCGCCGGGAUCUUGGCCGCCAGCCGCACCCGUUCUGUACCCUAUCACAUCAUGCAUUGCGUUUUACAGAAUUGGCUUGUACUUACCAAAAUUGAAGUUUUUAAAAACGUCGGCGUAGUUUUUUAAAAGCAUAUGAGUUUAUUUUAUCAAUAAAAAAAGUGUUCUAUUGCCAAGCUUUAGCCGUUAUGUUACCCUUUUGCUUAUUAUUAAUUUUGUUUAUUUUCUAUUUCGUCCCAAGAACUUACAUUGUCUUUUUUUUCUUUUUUGGCUUUUUUUUAUACAUUCACUGUAUAUUUCCCCGCCCUCCCCCCCCCAAUGUACUCUGUGAUUUUGAUUAGUGUAAUGUAUAGUCAUGGAUUUCGGGUCUUUAUUAACGCAUCGAAAGGACCGUCGUAAUUUACGCCUGUUAGAUCCUAAUGGUUUGGACUACUCACAGGAGACUGUAUAUAUAGGGUAGGUGUGUUGUAUACUUAGUGAUCGUACCGAGAAACAAAAAAAAUAAAAACUGUUUAAAAAAAACCUUAAAAAGAAACGAAACAAAAAAGGAAAAAAAAGCACUUGGCAUCCAUGCGUCUGACUUUCAAAAUAUAACUUUGUAUCGUCUCGAGGGACGUGACAAGAUCAUUACUUUUAAGUGGAAGUUUUGAGUCGGGUUUUGAAUUUAGAUGCGCCUUAACCAGUCUCAUUUUUGUAUUCCAAUCACCUGUAAUGGAAUUACACAUUAGAUUUUUAAUUCCAGAGUUUAGGGUUUAAAAUUUAAUUAAAUACAACACAACAGGGUUGAUAAUAAUAAAAAUGCAGCCGCUAAUCAAAUUGGAACUGGUGAUGCCUCCCGCACUUAUCGAUUUGCCGAUUUCUUCAGCGUCCGGCACGUUUGUUAAGUUGCAUCCUGUUCCUUUUUUCAGUAAAAGUGUUCAUCCGUGAGUGUUCGGCCAGGUGAGUUAUAGUUGUAAUGUUACUGAGCAUAUGUUCUUUCUUCCUUCCUUUUUUCGUUUUUGUAAAACUUUCCUUUGCUUUGUUUCUGCAGCUCCCCACCCACCCCCCACGUUUACAGCUGUUGUUGUGUAGGCACCAGAGGUGCAAGAACGCAUGUGUUUAAGAACCUGCUGUAAUCAUUUGUGUUUUUAAUGUGAAAGCGAGAGGUUGAGGAAAUCAUUAAAGAGAGACAGAGAAAUGACAACUGAAUUUCUGGAAUUCUGGGCAAGUAGAGCUGUCAAAAGUUUGCGACGGAUCAGUGAGGACAGGUAACCAAAUGGGGGCUGAUUUUGUAAGAUAUUCAGUGUGUACAUUUACCUUUUAAAAAGUUUAAUAUAAACGUGUGAUAACUGCCCGUCGAUUCACUCUGGCAGGAUGGCAUGUUACCAGUAGCUCGUGGCGUUUUUGUUAUUUUUUUUCAAUUCUGAAAUGGUAGGUACCCUUUAGCUGAGAGACCAGUUCAUUUGAAUGUAACGGAUAUUGGCCGUUAGUUGCAUCCCUGCGACCCCUAACCUCUAGUUCUCCGGUUGUUGCUGCAUUGUAAAAAGGCUAUACUGCAUCGUAAGUUUCUGCCAAAACAGUGCUGUUUGUGCUAUUUUGAAUAAAAACACUUUUGAGAGAUCA